GUAGGUUUGGAUGUUCUUUACGGUGCGCAGUUGUCCGACGACCGACGCCGCGUGUCGCGCAAACGUCAGAAACCGAUAAUUUAGUAUUUUAUACCUUUCAUAGGUAUACAUUUUUUUAUAGUCGAGUUCCGUCCGGCCGCACGACAACAGCGGCUUGCACCAUUAUAAGACAAGUAUGUGCCUACGGUGUAUGAUAUGCGAUCUCAUGGGUUUCUACCUCCGUAUCGAAAACGAGCCAAGUUUACGAUAAUAUUAAUUUCCUAUAGUAGCUGAUAUUUAAUUUAUUGGAUUUUAAUCUUCGAGCUUAUAACUUAUUAUUGUUUUUGUGACGAACUUCUGCAGCAGUGAUCGCGGACGGCAAAAUCCAAAGACGACCGCUACCGCAUAAUUAUACUGUUCAAACUUCAACGCAAAAAAAGACAUAGAUUCCGAAGCCCGAGGCAGCAUUAUAUAUAAGGUACAUCAUGUUUCCAGCCGUCGUCAUAAUCGUGGUAUGUUGUACGACAGUGGUACUAUUCCUGUACAAGUAUUCGACAUCCACGUACAAGUAUUGGAAGACGAAGUCGGUGACGUUUGCCGUGCCAGUACCAUUAUUCGGUAAUAUCAAAGACCACGUGACGCUAAAAAUGACCCAGGGCGAGUGCUUGAAAAAAAUUUACAAUGAUUUUCCUCGUGAAAAGUUUGUGGGCAUGUACCAGUUACAGACGCCAACGCUGCUACUCCGCGAUCCAGAGACCAUUCGGUUGUUUCUGGUGAAGAGCUUCGCACACUUCACGGACAGAGGAUUCUUGUACGACGGUCACAGGGAACCGUUGACCAAACAUCUAGUCAAUUUAGAGGGCGACACGUGGAAGAUUCUCCGACAAAAGCUCACGCCCACGUUCAGCUCUGGUAAAAUCAAAAGUAUGUUAGGGCUGUUACAAGGCUGCGGGGUGCAACUUAUUGAGUACAUGGAUGCAACCAUCGAGUCUGGAAAGACGGAAUUCGAAAUUCGCGACCUAACAGCCAAAUUCACUACGGACGUGAUUGGCACGUGCGCGUUCGGACUGGAAUGCAAUUCGCUGAAAGACUCGCAAUCCGAAUUCAGACGGAUGGGAUGUGCGGUGCUCAAUUCGUCCGCGUCUUUAGCGUUGGCCAAAAUGGUCCGAGUGUUCUUCCCGAAACUCUUCAAGGCGUUGAAACUCCGCACGUUCCCGGCCGAAGUGCAACAGUUCUUCAUGGGCAUCGUAAAACAGACAAUCGACUUCCGGAACACCAACCGAGUGCGUCGGAACGACUUCAUACAGCUGUUGCUAGAGAUUAAAAACCAAAAUCACAACCAAGAAAACGCGAUUAAUUCGAUUGAACUGACCGAAGAGUUGAUCGCCGCUCAAGUGUUCGUGUUCUUCCUGGCCGGCUUCGAGACGUCGUCCACGACACUGAGUUUUUGCUUGCACGAGAUGGCCGUCAACCAGGACAUUCAAAGCAGGGUGUACGACGAAAUCAACGAGACAGCCAAUGUGUACGGACUGCCGUUCUCUUAUGAAGCAAUCUCGUCGAUGAACUACUUAGAACAAUGUCUGAAAGAAACGAUGAGGAAAUAUCCACCGGUACAGGCCUUAGCCCGGGUGUGCACCAAACAGUUCCGGGUGCCCGGCACAGACCUGGACCUGGACGUGGGCACGGCCGUUUUGAUACCAGUCUACGCGAUACACCACGACCCGCAGUACUAUCCGGAACCAGACACGUUCGACCCGGACCGGUUCGCCAAAGACGGCGACGGCGGCGGUGGCGACAACGGGAGGCCCGCCGGAGUUUUUCUGCCGUUCGGCGAUGGCCCGCGCAUAUGCAUAGGUAUGCGUUUUGCCAUGUUAGAAAUGAAACUGGCAUUGGCCCAGUUCCUUCACAGCUACUUAGUGACGCUGAGCGAAAAAUCCUGUACACGCAUCGAGUUUGAACCGGCGUCAUUCCUGUCGUGUCCGAAAGGCGGUAUAUGGUUGAACGUCAAUAAACGUAAACCAUGAGAGCACACCACGCGCACCAUAGUUUUUGUACUAGAUAAUGUAAUUUAACAUAGAACGUGUAAUUUGAUAUAUAUCAUAUAUUAUAUAGGUAUAAUAUUGAAACCUUUAUAUUUAUUUUGUUAAUUUCUAUAUGACUAUAUGUAUAUAAGAAAUAAUCUCUUUAAUAAUAAUGUUACCUAUGUUUUAUUUAAUAAAAAUCUAUAUACACAUAGGA